ACAGGAAGGUCAGGUGUAAGGAUCAAGGCUGCAUUUAUAUAAGGACAGAGGAAUAUGCACUGGAAAUCCUUGCUUGGAAAGGGAAAAGGCCAGAGGAUAUGGAAGGGCAAACUAUGAGGAGCUUCAUCUUUGUCCUCACACUGGGCAUUUUCUCAUGUUCAGGCUUUCCAGUGUACGACUAUGAUCUCCCUGUCACAGAAGAGGCUCUCAACGCUUCCAUUGCAAGGAUCAACUCUCAGUCACGGGGGACAAACCUGUAUGGUGUUGUCAGGAGCCACGUCACAAGAGUUGACAUGUGGAACAGUGAUGCCUAUAGACUGGAGCUGCAGUUCAGCAUCCGUGAAACGGAGUGCACGAAAGCAUCGGGGAGAGACCCGUUCACAUGUGACUUCAGAAUUGGGCCUUUUGUGCCAACCACUUUCUGCAGAAGUGUUGUGGAAGUCUCCCAUGAGCUCAUCUCCAACAUUGUUGUGCAGUGCCAUCAAGGCGCAUCCAGCUCCGAAUCACUGAGCAGCGAGGAGUUUAUGCACAUGCCCAUAAUGAACCCCAACAGGCGAGGCAGCAGCCGCAGAGAAGACGUAUUUGCUCCUGAAGCUUUCCCUUCAAGGGGAAGAGGCAGCAGCUAUGGAGACUGGCAUAAACCCAGCUACUUCAGCUCUGACAAGAUGGAAUAAUACCCUUUGGUGCUGAGUGUUGUAGCUGGUCCUGGUUCUUUGGCCUGCAUCCUGCAUCUGCAGGGCUGGGCGCUACCCAGAUGCUCCUGGACAAGCUCCUCUCAGAGGGAUGCUGUAUCUGUCGUGUGUGGAUGCUCCCUUCUGGCACAAUCUAUCCCUAAAAUGUUAUUAACCAAUGUGUCUUGCAGAAGAAUGUCAGGUUGCCAUGGUGACAAAGUUGCUGAAGAUACAGUGCAGGCUACAGACUGCUGUGGAAGCAGUCACAUGCUCCCUUGGAAAAACACAUCCCAGAUUUCUUCCCCAUAUUGUAGCUCUUAAUUCAGAUGCAAAUCCCAGAAGACAAUACAUCAGCUUCUAACCUGAGCCAGCUCUGCUUUGAGACUUUGCAGUAUUAUUGAUCUGUGUCCUGUACUUACUUCCCUGUUGUUAUCUUUUCCAUCAGUCUGGUUCUUUUUUUCCCUUUACACCAAUGAACAGCUGACAUUUCAUCUGUGCACAUGUGGAGUGGUUUGUGGAUGCACAAUGACAGAUUCCUUGUGGUGUGAUUCUGAUGCUAAACCAAUAAAUAAGCAGUUCAGUGAAGCUGGAUGCACUUUUUAUCUGAGGCCAUGGAUGUUUGGUUAUUUCUGUCAAGUACGAGACAAAUCCUGAGCUAUGCCAUUUCUCCCCCUCCCUUGUC